AUGGAAGUCGACACAAUUGACGAGCCCAUCACCAAGCUGCGUGAAAAUGGCGCCCUUGCUGUGGGAAAGCCGCGAAUGGAGCUCAUGCCCAGGCAUGAGAGAGAAAAGCUUCGCCGCAUACGAGAAGCUCACAAAGCGUACGGUCGUGGUAAGAAGAUCAACACCAAGAAUAUCAAAGAUAAGAAACUGCGAAGCAACAUGAAGCGACUGGAGGACAAGUACCAAGAUGCCGCAAUCAAGGCCAAGGACGCCGAGAUAUUGCUUGAAAAUACGGCUGGCUUUCUCGAGGCCGAAGGCGAGAUGGAACGCACGUUCAAGGUUCGACAAGAAGACAUUGUUUCCGACAUUGGAGUGGCGACGGCACAAAAGCGCUUCGACUUGAAACUUGAUGCUCUUGGUCCUUAUAUCUGCGACUACACCAGGAACGGCCGGGAACUGCUGCUGGCUGGGCGGAAGGGCCACGUCGCGACCAUGGAUUGGCGGGAGGGCAAGCUUGGUUGCGAAUUACAGUUGGGAGAGACUAUUCGAGAUAUCAAGUGGCUGCACAAUAACCAGUAUUUUGCAGUUGCGCAAAAGAAGCAUGUCUACAUCUACGACAGGAAUGGCGUGGAGCUGCAUAAUUUGAGGAAGCACAAUGAGGUGACUCAUAUGGAAUUUCUGCCAUACCACUUCCUGCUGGCGACGAUUAACACCGGUGGUGUAAUUAAAUAUCAGGACACUUCGACCGGUCAGCUCGUGGCUGAAAUGCCCUCACGACUAGGACAGCCCGUGUCCAUGGCACACAAUCCCUACAACGCCGUACUUCACGUCGGACACCAAAAUGGCACCGUCACAUUAUGGUCACCCAAUGCACAAGACCCGCUGGUCAAGCUUCUUGCACACCGCGGCCCCGUUCGAUCACUAGCAAUGGAUCGAGAAGGCCGCUACAUGGUGUCCACGGGACAAGACCUCAAGAUGGCAGUGUGGGACAUUAGAAUGUUCAAGGAAGUCAACAACUACUACACCCGCCAGCCUGCCUCGUCGGUAGCCAUAUCAGACACCGGCCUCACAGCCGUCGGGUGGGGGACGCAAACCACCGUCUGGAAGGACCUCUUCAACAAGCACAGCGCCGUCCAGGAAAAGGUGAAUGCCCCCUACAUGACAUGGGGCGGCGAGGGGAAACGCAUUGAACGCGUGAGAUGGUGUCCCUUUGAAGAUAUCCUCGGCGUAAGCCACGACCAGGGCUUCUCGUCAAUCAUCAUCCCUGGCGCCGGCGAAGCCAACUUUGACGCACUCGAAGCGAACCCGUUCGAGACGGUCAAGCAGCGACAAGAAUCCGAAGUCAAGGGUCUCCUGAACAAGCUUUCACCCGAGAUGAUUGCUCUGGACCCCAACUUCAUCGGCAAUCUGGACUUGAGAUCCGACGCCCAAAGAAAGGCGGACAGGGAUCUGGACGCACCGGCUGUAGACAUCGCCGAGGAAAUCAGGAACAGGGCCCGAGGCAAGAAUGGCGCGUUGAAGAAGUACCUGCGGAAGCAGAGGAAGAAGAACGUCAUCGACGAGAAGAGGAUGCGGGUGGACGAGAUGUGGAACGAGCAGCAGAAGCUGAAGGACAAGAAGAGAAAGGAGGUGGAGGCGGAUCUGGGACCAGCCUUGUCAAGAUUUGCCAGAAAGGAUUGA